GGGCUGUGCCCACAAAAGCUCAUGAUACCAUCUACGUGCUACCAGACCAUUUGCUGACUCUCUCUGGGGAGUCCUGGCCUCUUUGCUGGCUCUGGGAGCCAGACGUGCAACCCAGGAGUCCUGCUGCCCCAGCCACAGCGCUGUCUCCACUGCCUCUGAGUUCUCCUGUGGUAUCCCACACAGGCACCUUGCUGGAUCCCAUCCAGGAGAGCGCACGCUGAAUUCACACACCCGCGAACACACCAGCCUGUGUGUUAUGAUAGGGUACCACCACCUGUUCAAGUACCCCCGUCAGUGGUACUGUAGCUUGGGGUGAGGGUAGGGUUAUGCUUUCAUCAAAGUCGAGGGCAGAAUUCCUUCAGACCUCAACGGGGGCAGGAUCAGGCCCUGGGACCAUAGCCGCAACAUGCCCACUACUUUCAGUGAUGCUUUAGCUGGAUAUUGUGGUGACAUUCACUUGUUCUGAGACGUGGCUGGGGCUAUUUUUGAAAGGAUUAAACCUAAUCCAGUAAUGAUGCCUGUCGUUUUUUGUCCGCAGACAGGGGCUUUAUUUUUAUUACUAAAUAUAGAGACAUGAGAAGAUCUGGCAUCUGUUGAGCUUGAAGUGGCUUUUCUGCAAACCAAGCCAAGCUAGUAACAAAAAAACCAACAAAAAGCUAGUCUGGGUGGCAUCCUAUGAGACAGUUAAUUUGCCUCUCUUUUUCAAAUCACUUAGUGCAAAUAUCAGCCCAACAUAGUACUGACCUACAUUCUCUCCCUCCCUCCCCCAAAACAUGUCCCACUUCUGCUCAAAGAUGGGAUCUUGUGAUCUGCUGUUUGUAGGUCGACGAAAAUUAUUUGAAAAUCAGAACAGUGUUGACCGACUCUCAUAUAUCCUGUCAGAUCCUGUUUGUCUCUGGAUAGGCAGGAUAUGGCUAUGAAAGGCCUCAACUAAAGUAAUUAAAAUGAGUAAAACAAACAAGGGCUAUUAAAUUUUACUUUACUGUUAGAUUUUAACCUCUUUCUUACUGCACAGCGAGUUGUGUGAGCUAAAGCGCACCACAAAUGUUGCCCAAUGUCCUCUGUGGACAGGUCUAAUGAAAUAUCACUUGAAGUGCUACUGCUGUGGAAUAGAUGCUGUGUCAGUGUUGCAAAAUGAAAGGGCCAAAGAAAUGCUUCCUUGCUUGCGAUCUGUUGGACUGCCUGUGGUACCGUCUCUCCAAGUGGAGCAGCGAAAGCCCUCAUCAUUUGGGCUGAACAGAGUACAGGAGACAAUACAGUGCUGGAGGGGGAGGAGGGAACCCUCAGAUACUUGUGCUAUCCGCACCUAGUGCAAUCGAUGCUUUUGGUCUGUUGAAAACCCUAGUCCUGUGAUGAGCAUUGCAUGGGCUCAGGGCUCCAUCUUCAUGGAGCUCAUUGCAAGAUUGGGGUCUGAGCUCGGGAUUUGGCAUAUUACGUAGCGGGAUAGACACAGAAUAUUUUAACUGUCCUUUAGUGACCGUUCUAAAUAUAGUGCUGCUAAGUACAGGAAAUCACACUACUGAGGAGGGGAAUUUAUCCCAGCCCCAGUAUUACAAAGCAAUCAUAAAUCCCCUUGGGGAGGAUCUGGCCUAGCCCCAUGUCCUUGGGGAGAUGCCAGCCUGGGAGGCAUGCCUGAGAAAAAAAACUCUGCCGGUAGUUAUUUAGGAAUGCAGGUAUCUAGCGGGAGGUGACAGGCUGGUGUAAGUGUAGGUGAGGUCAGAAUUUUGCCUUGGGACGUUGUGCUGAAGAUAAUAAUUGUAAUUCCCUCCAUUCACGCUCCGUUCAUGUGCGGUAAAUUGAGACACUGGCAUCUGACCUUUACCCCGUCCCAGCGGUUGUUAGAGCGAGAGCCUGGCCGAUUUGCUGAGUAUGAAAUGAAUAUAGCGUUGCAUGAAGCCAGCAGCUAAAUUUGUGUCUUCAGACUGGUAAACAUCUUAGGUAUUAGACUGUAGAGGCACUUGGUGACUGCCUCGUUGUGCCGCUGCCCCGUGCCGAAGACGCCCCAUGUCCCACCGCAAGUUUUCGGCUCCCAGACAUGGCCACCUUGGCUUCCUCCCUCGUAAGAGAAGCCGUCGUCACCGAGGGAAGGUGAAGACCUGGCCCAAGGAUGAUCCCAGCAAACCAGUCCACAUGACAGCCUUUCUGGGCUACAAAGCCGGCAUGACGCACACCCUGCGAGAAGUUCACAGGCCAGGACUGAAGGUGUCCAAGAGGGAAGAGGUGGAAGCAGUGACGAUAGUGGAGACUCCCCCUCUAGUGGUGGUUGGGAUUGUGGGAUACAUAGAGACCCCCAGGGGCCUGAGAAAUUUCAAGACCAUUUUUGCUGAGCACCUCAGUGAUGAAUGCAGACGCCGCUUCUACAAGAACUGGCACAAGAGCAAGAAGAAGGCCUUCACCAAGUACUGCAAAAAGUGGCAGGACAAGGACGGGAAGAAGCAGCUGGAGAAGGAUUUUGCGGCCAUGAAGAAGUACUGCAAGGUCAUUCGAGUCAUCGUGCACACCCAGAUGAAGCUGCUCCCCCUGCGUCAGAAGAAGGCCCACGUGAUGGAGAUUCAGCUGAACGGCGGGACGGUGGCCGACAAGGUGGACUGGGCCCACGAGAAGCUGGAGAAGCAGGUCUCCGUGCACACCAUCUUCAGCCAGAACGAAAUGAUUGACGUCAUUGGGGUGACCAAGGGGCGCGGGAUGAAAGGGGUGACCAGCCGCUGGCAUGCCAAGAAGCUCCCGAGGAAAACCCACAAGGGCUUACGCAAAGUGGCCUGCAUUGGAGCCUGGCACCCGGCCCGCGUGGGCUACUCCAUUGCCCGGGCUGGCCAGAAGGGCUACCACCAUCGCACGGAGCUUAACAAGAAGAUUUACCGUCUCGGCCGCGGGAUCCAUGUAGAAGACGGCAAAGUGGUGAAGAACAAUGCCUCCACGAACUACGACGUCACCGAGAAGACGAUCACGCCGCUGGGUGGAUUUCCUCGCUAUGGUGCAGUUAACAACGAUUUCAUCAUGCUGAAGGGCUGCGUCGUGGGCACGAAGAAACGCGUGCUCACUCUCAGAAAGUCCCUGCUGGUCCACAGCAGUCGACGGGCCAUGGAACCCAUCGAACUGAAAUUCAUUGACACCACUUCCAAGUUUGGCCACGGCUGCUUCCAGACUGCCCAAGAGAAGAGAGCUUUCAUGGGCCCUCAGAAGAAACACCUGGUGAAGAAACCGGAAUCCCAGGAAGAUUUGUAGGGGAUUGAAAUACACAUGGCACCUUACCCCGCCACCUCCAAUAAAGGGACAUCAAACCAA